UUGUCAGAGGGAAAUUGGAGAGGCCGCGCUAUCGAGCGAACUAACACUAACGGACGGAAAUGCGGACGGGACUGGGAUAGGGGUGUUUCUUUCCCUCUGAUCACCUUGGAUAAAAUAUGGAGAAUGACAGAUCGAAGCCUUAUACUCCCGUGUUGGCCUCAUCAAUACACCACAGUGUAUUUCAGGGUUGGCCGUGAUUAUGGUCUUAUUUUCUUGCCUCUCUCUCCCUUGCCUUGUCUCUUUUCCCCUCUCCCUCCCUUUUUCUCCCCCCUUCGUUCAUGCAUGCAAGUUCCGCUGUUGGUUUUAUGGGAGUUUUGUUGGUUGACACCGAGAGAAUGGGCUAGCUUUCCCAUCUAGCAGAUGUGGGAAAAGGAGCUCAAUCCAGACCGACCUGCAUACCCCUUGUCCACUCUACAAUAAGAGAAGGAAUUUCCGCCGUCGUUGUUGAGAUUAGCUAGCCUUGCUUUCCGUAGCCCUGCCUGCGAUCCACUUCCGCCGCCGUUGUCCAGCUGCACGGCAUCGAUGACAACAAAUAUUUCCAGCGCCAUCCUGGAGUUAUAUUGCUACUCACAUAUACGCAUGGAAUCAGGACUCACAACACACACACACACACACAAGCAUCGAACCUGGCUUCUGCCUCUCGAAAUUGACAAGUAGCGCAACCAUAUUGUCUUGGUGUCUUGGCUUUUCGGUUAUUAUCUCCAGUUGUGUUGUUUUCUUGCAGGGAUUCCGUAAAGAAUUAUACGCAAGCAUGGAGAGUGGUGACCAUGGUGUGUGUAUCGUACUUUACAGACGAUAUUCAAGCUUGUUGACGUGAGCUUCGUCGACUCAUAUCAACGUCAACAAGGUCACGUUGGUAGAGUGUUGAAGAGCUGAUUUCUUUUAUGUAAUAUCGUAGGCUGUGUCUUGUAGGCUUGGAUCGUCUCUCUUCAUACUUCUCAAUACUCGAUUGAUCGUUGCAUGACAUAUUUUGACAUCGAGCUGGGAUGAUACAGGGACCUUUUUCGUUUUUGGCUUUCGCAUUUGGCUCUGCCGCCAGCAUGAGCAUGUCUGUUCAUCACGAGCAGACGAUGUGACCUUAACCCGUUCUACCCCGAGUUUACGGAGUAUAUUGCUAUCAGGAGUACUCUGUAGCAAAGGUGAGACAAGGCAAAGCCAGGCGUACUGCGACCCCGGAUUGACAAUGGAUUGAAUCGAAACCAUACUCGUAUGCACUCUAGAUCGCCGAUAUGGGUGUUCUGGGCUUAAUUCGACGUGGAAAGAUUCCUAAGUCAAUGAUAUUGGGAACAGAGAAAGUUCAUAGCCGACGAUCAUCGUCUUUGAAUGAAGCCGAAGUUCAUACGUAGGCUCACCAGUUGGCCAGGAUGUGAGUAGUAAGGUAAGUAGAUCUUCUCUUAGGUCCAGGAUGGUUAAUUUGCUCGCUAACAUUCCAGGCCGAACAAACUACCUGUUUUCCCCUCCAUCGUCCUUUUUACCUCUUGCAUCGAGUAUAAUUUGCAUUCCGUUCUUUUCGGCCUCUCCGCAUCACUGCACACUUACUGAACAAUGCAUUGCGUGAUCAAAUGCUGUUUGUUUCGGAAGCGAGGUUAUACCCAUUCGGUAUAGUCCAUGCUGAAACGCAGUAUCGCCCAGCCAGACUGAGAAUGUCAAGAUGGCACUGCCCAUGCUCCUCUUCACCCCUUCUUCUCAUCGCCACGACACACCACGGAUAUCCUCUUCGUUUUUUAUGCUCCUGGCCAUUGGAUUCUCUGAUUUCUUUGCCACAGAUGUCGAAAAGCCAGAUGCAGUUGAAACCCUGAAAUAUCAAAUUCAACGAAUUGGCGAAUUGAAGGGAGGAAACGGAGGAGAGCAAUGGAGAAAAAAAGGAAUUUCUAGCGGUGAGAACGUGAGGAAUGUGUCCAUUGCAUGCGACAUGCGAAGGCAGGGGGUAAAGAGGAGGUGA